UAGCAUUUUGGAUCGAUUAGCUUCUUCUCUUCUUCUAUUUUUUUUUAUAUAUAUUUCUCAUUUCUUCUCUUUAUUUACUCAAAUCAUAACUUAAAUUGAACCCCUUUUUAUUUAAAUUUUUGAGUUCUCUUCAAUUUCUCCAUUCCCUUCCUUGCAGCAGGAGCUAUGAUUAGGCUAUUCAAAGUAAAGGAGAAGCAGAGAGAACAAGCUGAAAAUGCCCAUGGAGGAGCUCAUGUUAAGAAGCAAAGCGCCGGAGAAUUGCGUCUUCAUAAGGAUAUUUCUGAGCUGAAUCUGCCUAAAUCAUGCGAUAUAACGUUCCCUAGUGGCAAGGAUGAGUUGAUGAAUUUUGAGGUUUCAAUCCGACCAGAUGAAGGAUAUUAUCUAGGCGGCACAUUUUUGUUCUCAUUCCAAGUCUCUCCAGUGUAUCCACAUGAAGUACCAAAAGUAAAGUGCAAGACCAAGGUUUAUCAUCCAAACAUCGACUUGGAAGGAAAUGUCUGCCUCAACAUCUUGCGUGAGGACUGGAAACCUGUCCUCAAUAUAAACACUAUCAUUUACGGAUUGUAUCAUCUUUUCACGGAACCUAAUUGUGAUGAUCCUCUUAAUAAAGAAUCUGCUGACAUGUUGAGAGACAACCCAAAGAUGUUCGAAUCUAUCGUGAGAAGAGCGAUGGCUGGAGGAUACGUGGGAACAAACUUUUUUCCGCGGUGUCUUUAGCUUUUAUUGUGGGUGGCACAAAGUGUCUAUUUGCUUACUUUAUCGAAUGGUCAAAAGCCUGUGGUUGUAAAAUCUAUCCGCAAUUUACAUUCUAUCAUCCUUUCUCAGUUUUCUGAGUGAAGCUGGUGGCUUUAGUUCCUUGAAGUGCAACUGAAACACAACAUAAUUUGUAUGUUACUGUAACUUUUGUCAUGGGAUUGAUUGUAUGUUGACUUGUAUUAAAUUAAUGUGGAUCAAGCAUAGGGUAAACUUUGUGCA